UACUCUUCCCUUUAGAAUGUGAUGUUUAAAAGUGAGCUGAUGCAAAAAUGCACCAUUCAGCAUUUUCCUGAAUAGACGGAAUGGAAAGCGUCAUGUGAAUGUGACAAUAGCCUAAAAGCCGCUGCACGACUGAGACGCCAUACACAGCCUGUCUUGAAUGUACUACACAAAUUGUCCUUCAGUCAGGUACUUUAAAAAAGGUCAUAAUACUACUGAUAGUGUUGUUAUUAUCGCUUGUUGUGACAGAGGCGGGUUUAGGAGCGGGCCACGCGCUGAUUGGACGCCUUGCCCUCCCCUGUGGCACAUGCUUCCGUUUUGUGCGUACGCGCAAGCGCAGUGACCCCUCUGUUCUGAUAUUUUAUUUACUCCUGAAACCCAAGAUGGCUCCUAUGAAUGUCUCAGCCCCAUAGCAAAUCGAGGAUGCAAGUAGCUGCUGAAAAAACAACUUUUCCCCGACCGACGCAUCCCCUGGAGUUCAAUCCGCAUGUCGCGGAGGAGGCUCUAACAUCCAUCUAGGCCCCGAGCAGCCGUUGGAGCUUGGCGAAACCUUCUUCAAUCCAUCAAUUUGGAGUAGUUUCGCGAAGUAGCUCUUCUCACUGUCGCUGUCUGUCCGGAGCGAGGUUCAGGCAGGCAGGCAGCUCAUCCAAAUGGCCGAACCGAGAAAAGUGCAGUUUGUCACCCUCUCGGCCUUCGCAGCGGGAGCAGCCGGGGAGUCAAGGAAACGCAGGCUGGAGGAUGAGGCCAACUUCAACUUCGACAGAGCCGCGGAGCUCGAGGCAAACACCGGGACGGGAGGCGCUGCCAGCAACGGUCGUCUUGUCAAAACCGACGACAGGGACAAGAUUACAGCCGAAAGGCGGGCGACUGUUCGGCUCAACCUGUCCCUAUCCGAACCCAACGACCGCUCUUCCGCCGAGUUUAAUUACGGCGAACUCAUCCAGACCCUCACGGGAAAGGGGAACGUUUCAAAUGUGACACCGGCCCAUAAUCUCAACGACCCGUUCAACGAUGAGCAGAGAGAGCGACUUCAGGUGGAAGCCCUGGCAAAGAAGUUUGAAAAUAAAUAUGGUGACACAGGGAAGAAGAGGAAGGACAGAAUGCAAGAUUUGAUUGAUAUUGGGUUUGGCUAUGACGAGACAGACCCAUUUAUAGAUAACUCAGAAGCUUAUGAUGAGCUGGUGCCCGCGUCUCUCACCACAAAGCUGGGGGGAUUUUAUAUCAACACUGGCAUGUUGCAAUUCAGAGCUGCCUCAGAGUCUGAGGGAGAGGAUGAUAAGACACUAAAUAAUGAUAAGGAACAGGUAAUUAAGAGGCAGAAAAAGAAAGAAGGGAACAAUCUAGAAGAGAAGAACUUGAAGAAGAACAAAGUACCUAAACAAGGAGUCACGGCUCUCAGCCUCCACCGGCCCGAAAAGAAGAGAAAGAAACUAAUGAAGGACUCGCUGUACCUGGCGGCCAUGCUCCGCCGCUUCACCCGGGAGAAGGAAGAGAUGAAAAAAACCACGCCCAGCGUGGCCCAGCUCGGCCUGUCGGGAGGCCCUGCCAGCGCCCCCCACCCUGGAAAUUCCACAAACCUCCCGCCGGCCGCCAAUUCCACCCACCAGCAGGGCGGCGCGGCCGGCAUCGACCUCUCGCUGGCAGAUCUCGCCUCGGACCCGGCCGUGAUGUCACUGUUGGGCUCGGCCAAUGAGAAAGAUUUACAGGAUCUCCUGGGGGACCUGGACUUCAGCCUGCUGGACAAUGACCAGCAGCACGCCAUGACGUCGGCUAGAGAGAACGGCAUCCUCGGAGUCGGGGUUCCGUCCCCUAAAGCACUAGCAGGAGGUGGACCAGGGCGAAGUCUGGGGUCUUCCAGCGGACUCUUCUCCCCUCCCCCGCUGCCCAAGGGACUGCCCGCCCCUCUUAUUAAGCGUAUCGAGGACCUGCGGGCGGCCUCACGACAGUUUGAUCAGGAGGGCAGGAAGAAAUUUUUCACCCUGGACAUGAAUAACAUUCUACUGGAUAUUGAGCUGCAGGUCCAGGAGCAGCCUCCCGAGGUGCGUUCGGGCGUCUAUUCGCACAUGGAGGCGUUUGUGCCAUGUAACAAAGAGGCCCUCCUCAAGCGGCUGAAGAAGCUCAGCCUCAACAUCCAGGACGACCGGCUGCGGACGCCCCUGCUAAAGCUGAAGCUGGCGGUGUGCAGUGUGAUGCCAGAGCAAAUAGCAAGAUACAACAUGGACUGCAUGGCCAAGUUUGCAAAGCAGCAAACAGAAGAGGGCGAUAAGAAUGGCUCAGAAGAGGAGGAUGAAGAGAAACCGGGGAAAAGAGUGAUGGGCCCUCGGAAGAAGUUCAUCUGGGAUGACAAGCUCAGGAACCUGCUGUGCAGCUUGGUGCGGGUGAAACUGAGCUGCUACGAGAUGGAGAACCAGUGCUCGCUGUCUGUGGAGGACUACCUCAAGGCCUUCUUAGAGAACGAAGUCAAGCCUCUUUGGCCCAAGGGCUGGAUGCAGGCCAGGAUUCUGUUGAAAGAGAGUCUCGCAGCUCACAAUCACCUCACAGGAAACUUAGUCAAGAGGAGAGUGGUGGCUGGACCCAAGGCCAAAGCCAAGGAGGGUCUCUGGAUGCACAAACCUCCUCUCACCAUGACGUCCAGCUCCUCUCUGUCCACCUGCACAACUGCCCUGACCUCCGGCCGCCUGCCUCCCUCCUCCCUGCCCUCCCUGCCCUCGGAGCCCAUCUGCCUGUCGGACUCUCUGGACGAGGACCUGACCGCGCCCUCCCUGGACUCCAUCUCCCACGCGCUGGCCCUCCUCAGCAACGCGUCCAAGGGCCUGGGCCCCGCGGACAGCCCUCUGUCUCCCCCGCCGCUGCAGGUCCCCACCACCUCCCCCCCUCCCGUCGCGCCCCACUACCCCUCGGCCUCUCAGUUCUCCACGUCCGCGCUGCAGCAGCACCCGGCGUCGAAAGCGGACGCCGCCGGAAGCUCGGCGGCGUCGAACCCUUCUUCUACCUCCUCUUCCUCAUCUCCGGCCCUGUCCUCCAUGGUGCGCGCGCAGCCGCCCGGCCCGCCGCCGGCCUCCAGGACCGCAGACGGCCCCUACGGCCAAAUGAAAGGGCCCGGCGCCAUAGUCCAAGCCCAGACGCAGAGACACGUCGCCAUGGCGUUGCCCAACCACAGGCCGGGCUCCGCCAUGGGCAAGAUGCACCCGCACCCCUCCCCGUCGCCGCCGAAGCAGCGGCCGCCCCCGACGGCGUCCCCUCUCCUGCCCCCCCAACAGAAACAUUUCGCCAGCCCGGUGGGCCUGCCGGGCGCGAUGGCGGGCGCCCAGUCGCUGCCCAAGAGCGGCGCCAAGCUCAGCAGCAACGGCAGCGCCGCCGCCGGCAACAGCCACCACCCGCCCCCCUCCCCCUCACAGCCACGUCCCAACCACAGUUUUCAGUCCUUCCGCUCCCCCUCCCCCGCGGCCUCCUCGCCCUCCCCCAGCCCCCACGUCCUGCACUCCUCCCAGAGCAAAUCCCACGCCCAUCACCACCAGCCCAACUUCAUCACCCCCAUGCAGGCCACCCUCACCAAGUCCUCCCACAGCAGCAACUCCUCCCCCAUCAUCAAGCUCACCCCGCGGCCCCCGGCGCCCACCCCGCCGCCCUCCUCCUCCCCGUCCCCGUCCUCCUCGCCCUCCCACCAGCUCUCCCACCAGAUGAUCGCCGGCCAGCAGCAGCAGCAGCACCAGUACUCUCCCAAAAGCUCCAAAACGUUUCGCCCCCUCUUCGGCGUGGUGGGCGGCGGGCCGGCGAAGCAGUCCCAAACUAACUGCGGCUUCGUCGGGGGCCAGAAAGCCCCGCCCCCCACCGUCAGCAGUAGCAUCAGCAACAAGGCCGCGGCGUCAUCGGUUUGCAGCCACUCAGACAAACCCUCGGCAGCCAAUCAGAGGCAGAGGAUGGUGGGCGGAGCCAGCCAGGGCGCAAAGGCCGGCAACAGCUGGGCGGCGUCCGGAUCGCUGGCCACGCCCUCCACAACGUCACACCUCUCACAGGUCGGCUUUCAAAAGAUAUCGACCACAAGCUCUCCUCUCCUUAGCAACCACUCCGCUCUGCCGCUGGGCUUCGGGAUGAUCGGCGGCCUGGUGCCCGUGUCGCUGCCCUUUCAGUACCCCCCGCUGCUCAACUUCAGCGCUCCCGGAGCCCAGGGGACGUCGGGCAUGAGCUCCGCCCCCAGCUCCAACUCAGGAUACCCGCUAGCACAGAGCGACCUAAUGGAUCUGUAUAAGAGUCUCCAGUCAGGGUCGCAGGCUGCCUUACCUCCUCACUUGCAGCUUGCUUUCUCAGAUUCGAACCAAAGCCAGGGAGGAGACAUGAAGAGGAAAACCCACUGACCAAUAAGAGGAGAUGAUUCCAGAGAGGUGACGUCAUGCUCUCGUGGACACGUCGGCCGGCGGGAGGUCAUCGGCGCGGCCGGCUGGCACGAUGUCGUGGUAUGUCCAGACGAGACCGAACUCAAAGCCGCAUCAGCUCAUCCUCGCUUCCAGUGGCAAUGAUUUAAUUUAACUGUAUUUUCUAUAACGAACCGGGUAAGAGAACCAGACCGAGUGAAUGACGAGAACAUUUGCUUUCGUUCGGCUUAUUUUUAUUUUUGUGUCAACAUGUUUACAUACGACCGACCUUAAUCACUGUGGAAUGAAUGUGAGUGAGGUGAUGGUACAGAUGAAAAAAGCAGUAUGCUACGUAAUAUAAAUUUUAUUUAAGAUUAUGUGGAAUAACUCUUAUUAGAGUACAAAAAGGAAAAAAAAAAGUAUGAUAAAGAUUUUCUUUUUUUUUUUCUGUCUUAUGUCUCAGAUGUGGGAAUUGUGUCUGUAGAAAUGUAUUGUUGGUCACCUCUGCUCCCACAAAUGACUGUUAAAGUAGUAGCUUAAAUUAAUAUGGAUAAAUUAUUUGUAAUUUACACAGGGACAAAAACACGUGUGAGUGGUAAGGGUUUUUUUGAAUGUGUGUGUAUGUACAUAAAAAAGAAACACAAUAUACUGUUAAUAUCUUUCCAGAUUAUUCUCUAUGACUGGGUAAGGACAUAUUCCCUUUUCACAAUGAUGAGAAAGUAUAAGUUUAAUGCCCCUCUCUCGCUCAGUCUAUUUUGGUGCUGUUUAUUCACACUGGAUCUUUUUAUGGAUGGGGUUAAAAAAAAUAAAUUUAAAAAGACUUGGAAGAAUUUUUGAGAUCCUGCUCUGGACAGAGAAACCAUCUGUGGGAAAGGAGACGAAAUAACAAGAUUGUAGCCUACUUGAAUUAUUAUUUUAUAACCUCUCUGCUUACUGAAUUCAUACCAAGUUAAUAUUACAAAACGCCUUAGUUUAUAUGGAUUAAAAAAGUAUGAAAAAGAUCUAUGCAGGACUGUAAAAGCUCAAUGCAAGUGCAAGUCGUCGCUUGGCUUUCAACCUCUAUUCAUCAGUGCAUUUCUGGAGUUGCGAUUGUUAACUUGAGACUUGUUUUUACGUGUUUGUGUUCAGGAAAGCGAAGUGAAGUUGAGAUGGAGUGGAAUUGCUAUAAACUGUUUUUUCUUUUAAAAAAAGAAAGCCUUCAGACAUAUUCACACUGAAAAUGUUAUUUAUUAUGACAGAAUCUUAUUCAAGUCAAAUGCUUCAUUUCACACUAUAGAGUUUACACCUGUGUCCAAAGUGGUCACCGAGUAUUAAAAUAACAUUAAGAGCAGCCUGAGGUAGGUACAGUUUGUUGUAUCUAACCUGUUUUAGCAUUUCAAGUGAAUGAAGAAAUUAACUGUAUGUAGAUAUUAAGUAAUAAUUCAAGAAUUUUUAUUGGUACUCAUAUUCUGUUAUUUUAAUUUUAAACUGUUAGCAAGAAAACCAUGCACUUCAUAACACACACACACACACACACAAAACAACCUAAUUCAAGCUGUUUUAUCUGAGUGGUAGUUAGCAUCGGAGCUAACCUAAUGGUUUAAACUAACCCCAAAGCCAAAAUGCAAUAUUCUCCUUUACCGACUGACUUUUUUUCCCUUUUUUUUUAAUAACUCCAAUGUCUGGUGACUCCUGUAGACAAACGUUACUAGUUUGGAAACAAUACAGACGUUCAUAUUCAUGCUUGUGUCUCUGUUCAAAUUGACUUUGCUUUGCCUGAACACUGGAAGCGAAACUUUCCCUCAGCCGUAUACCUCUGUUUACAAAACUGUUCUUCCUGGGUCUCUGCUUACUGGUUCCUGCCCUCCUCCUCUGUGUGUGCGCGGGCGUGUGUGUGCGUGUGUGUGUGUGUGUGUGUGUGUGUGCGAGUGCGUGCGUGCGUGCGCGGCUGGCUGACUAGUUGCACCGAGAAAGACGCCAAAGAUUGUUCCGUUGUAGUUCCUCGUGAUGGGGGUGCUGCUGGUCUGAGUGUGUUCAUGUGACAUUUCCCUUAAAAUGUAAACGUGUGUUUUAUUGUGAAGUCGCGUACUGGAGCAGUGGGUGACCUCUUCUAAACUGUUCUUGCUUUGGAGGGGUGGGAGGAUAUAUAAAAAAAAAAAAAAAAUCGUGGUUAUAUGGUUACUUAAUUUGGUCUUUUGUAGAUUAUUUUUGUGUGUCGACGAUAAAAUUAAACAAAACAGGUGG